CUUAUUGUACACAUCUCAAAACCAAUGAUUGACAGCAGUGAUACAUGCAUAGAUACAUAUUUGUGAAUGUUAUUUUUUGUUUAAAUUAUUUUACGUCAGGCUGUUGACUUGGUUUAUCUCACUCGGCGUAAUCGUAGCUCGUUUUAAACUGUUGAGGCUCCGGAGUCGAUCGACCCCAACAGCGGGGACACUCUGCCUGCUCCAGCCGAAGUAUGGUUCACAUGAUGGGGCUGCUUUCAGUGAGUGUUGUGCCCCUGCGGAACGGGGUGCAGGCUUGGGGCAGAGGCUGCGCCACCAUCCACGCAGCUUUUCGCUACAGUAACUUUAGCUCAUUAUCGAAGUGUUCUGCAUUAAAACGAAUCAAUCCCAUGGGAUUAAAUCAAUGCACUUUCGCAUUGGCUCGAUUGCUCAGUUCCAAACCCCCACGAGGAUUUGAGAAGUUCUUCCCAAAGAGUGAGGACACUCCUGGAGUGAACAAAUCAUCUGAAGAGACCGGUGAUGAGAAGACCAAAGAGACAGAAUCUCAGAGCGGAGGAGAAGAGGGACAAAAUGAAAGUGGCGAGAGAGAGAGGAGGAGAGGCGGAAGGAAGGAUGAAUCAGACUGGUGGACACGCUUCCAGAAUGAUUUCCCCUUGGAUGAGAAGACCAUGCGCAAUGUCGCGAUCGGAUUCGCCGGCAUGGCCUCUGCGUUCCUGUAUUUCUACUUCCGAGAGACUGGGAAGGAGGUCUCCUGGAAGGACUUUGUAAAUAACUACCUGGCUAGAGGACUGGUGGACCGUCUGGAGGUAGUCAACAAACAGUAUGUCAGAGUCAUCCCAGUGCAUGGAGUCAACACGUCAGAGGUGAGCUACCUGUGGUUCAACAUCGGCAGCGUGGAGACGUUUGAACGCAACCUGGUGCUGGCCCAGCAGGAGAUGGGCCUGGACUCUACACACAGAGUACCGGUGAUCUAUGGAAGCCAGAGCGACGGUACUUUCCUGAUGAGCAUUCUUCCAACCCUCUUGCUGGUUGGCUUCCUGCUCUUCACCAUGCGCCAGGGACCAAUGGCAGGAGGCCGUGGCGGGGGGCGGGGCAACCCCUUCAGCAUGGGGGAAUCCAAGGCCAAGGUCAUGAAGGACAACAUUGAUGUGAGAUUUAAGGAUGUGGCGGGCUGCGAAGAGGCCAAGAUUGAGAUCCUAGAGUUUGUCAACUUCCUGAAGAACCCCCGGCAGUACCAGGACCUGGGGGCCAAGAUUCCCAAGGGUGCAGUGUUGUCGGGUCCCCCCGGCACAGGGAAGACCCUGCUAGCCAAGGCCACAGCCGGAGAGGCCAAUGUCCCCUUCAUCACCGUCAACGGAUCUGAGUUCCAGGAGAUGUUUGUUGGCGUGGGUCCAGCCAGGGUGAGGGAUAUGUUUGCCAUGGCCCGUAAGAACGCCCCCUGCAUCCUGUUCAUCGAUGAGAUAGAUGCCGUGGGCAGGAAGAGAGGGAUUGGGAACUUAGGGGGACAGAGGGAGCAGGAGAACACACUCAACCAGCUGCUAGUGGAGAUGGAUGGGUUCAACACCAGCACUAACGUGGUCGUCUUGGCUGGAACCAACCGACCAGACAUCCUGGACCCAGCACUGAUGAGACCUGGGCGCUUCGACAGACAGAUUUACAUAGGUCCACCAGACAUAAAAGGUAGAGCAUCCAUCUUUAAGGUCCAUCUGAGGCCUCUGAAGCUGGAAUCCAGUAUAGACUCUGAAGCUUUGGCCAGGAAACUAGCUGCCCUCACACCUGGCUUCACUGGUGCUGAUAUUGCCAACGUGUGUAAUGAGGCGGCCCUGAUAGCAGCACGCUACCUUAACAAGUCUAUCAUCGUCAAGCACUUUGAGCAGGCCAUCGAGAGGGUCGUCGGAGGUCUGGAGAAGAAGACCCAGGUACUACAGCCAUUAGAGAAGACCACUGUAGCAUACCACGAGGCUGGCCAUGCUGUGGUGGGCUGGUACCUGGAACAUGCUGACCCUCUGCUCAAGGUGUCAAUCAUCCCCCGGGGGAAGGGUUUGGGGUAUGCUCAGUACCUCCCUAAGGAGCAGUACCUGUUCACGCGGGAGCAGCUGUUUGACAGGAUGUGUAUGAUGCUGGGGGGGCGCGUGGCAGAGCAGGUCUUUUUUGGGAAGAUCACCACAGGGGCACAGGAUGACCUCCGGAAGGUCACGCAGUCUGCCUACACACAGGUGGUUCAGUUUGGGAUGAGUGAGGUGGUGGGCCAGGUUUCUUUUGAGCUCCCCAGGCAGGGAGAGAUGGUGAUGGAGAAGCCUUACAGCGAGCCCACGGCCCAGCUCAUAGACCAGGAGGUCCGCUCACUCAUAGAUGCUGCCUUCCAACGCACACAGCAGCUCAUCACUGAGAAGAGAGAUGUGGUAGAGAAGGUGGGGAGGCGUCUCCUGGAGAAGGAGAUUCUGGACAGGGCUGAUAUGCUGGAGCUGCUGGGUCCUCGCCCCUACAAGGAGAAGUCUACGUAUGAGGAGUUUGUGGAGGGGACGGGGCCCAUGAAGGAGGACACCUCCCUUCCAGAGGGCCUCAAGAACUGGAACAAGGACCGGGGGACGGAAGAGCCACCCCAGGAGCAGCAACACAAGCAGGCUCUUUACCUGUAGACUGACACCACGUCUGGCCUGGCCCCCACCCAACCAGGCCACUGGAGGAACAUGUUGAGACUUAAUUUGGUGAGGGGAGGGCACUUGACAUGACCCAGACAGUCUGAUAUCAGGAGAGGGUGUCAGGUUUAAGAAGGCACCCCUGCACCGUGUCCCUGAUGGCUACAGAUUGAGGGUUGUGGGGUGCAGCAGGGGAUCUGUUCCAACAGCCUAGAUUGUGCCAAUUCUCAUGUAUACUUUUUUUAAAAAUUAUUUGGGAAUGCAAAAAGGUGUUCCUGUAUUUUGGUUUUGCAGGGCAUGAGAUUCAUCAAUCUGUGAAGGAUAUCCACUCCUCCACCAUGCUGUUCCUUUCCUUCCCUGGAGAUUCCCUGCUGUACUAUGUUCCUCCUUUAUCCUGACCGUAGUGCAUUCCAGGGCUGGUGUGGUCAUUCUAAGGCCCUAGAGACUAUGGUCGUCACAGGGAAAGUAUAUUGUUUUAAUAGUUGUGUAGUAUUCAUUAUUUGACCUUUUUCAUUGUGUGUUGGAUGAGUUUGUCUGACAUGCAACAUUUUUAUGAAUAUAUGAUCAUGUACAUCAGGGAUGGGUGACUGUCUGUGGCCAUUUUGAAGGCCCUUGGAUAAAUCCCCCCCAACUUACUGUUGUGAGUUAAAAUACACAAGGAGCAAUUUCUA